AUGGAGAGGUGGCCGCACGUCGUAGCGAUAGCCUUCCCGGCGCAAGGCCACGUGGGGCCUCUCCUGAAGCUGUCGUGUCAGAUCGCUCGUCAAGGGAUCAGGGUGACGUUUGUGAGCACGGCGUCAGUCCAUGCUCGAAUGCUCCAAGCGUCGGGGGACGGGGAUUGUUGUUGUUGGGGCGAGAUCGAGAGAGCAACCGUGCUGGAAGGAAUGGAAGAGGUCAAGGACAUGGGGGACAAAGAGGAAGUUGCCGAGACGAGGGCGAAGGUCAUGUCCCGUCAUUUCCAGGAGUUGUUGAGGGAGAUGAAUUCGUCUCGGGACGAAAGGGUCACCUGCGUCGUAGCCGACGCAACCAUCGGAUGGGCUUUCGAGGUCGCCAAUAGCAUGGGGAUCAAGAGGGCUAUGUUCUGGCCUACUGCUGUACCAGGCCUGGUCUUAUCGCUCUCCAUCCCACGUCUCACCGAGGCCGGCAUGAUCGACGACUGCGGAUCUGCUUCCAAGGACACGGCGAUCCAGCUCUCCCCGGAACUUCCCGCCGUGAAAGCCACGGAUUUGUUAUGGCGCUGCCCCGGCGACCAACUACGGCAGGCUAUCAUAUUCGGAUACUGCAUGACUGUGAACAGAACUGUCCGAAUCUCGAACUGGCUCCUCUGCAACUCAUUCUACGAGCUCGAUCGCGCCACUUGCGUCUUGAUACCCGAACUACUACCUGUUGGCCCACUAACCUCUGCCGAUGGCUUGGGAAGCUUUUGGGCAGAGGACCUCACCUGCCUGAACUGGCUCGACCUGCAACCUCCCAAGUCAGUCAUAUACGCAGCCUUCGGAAGCAUAGCGGCUUUCAGCCAAAACCAAUUCGAAGAACUGGCCCUGGGGCUCGAGCUCUCGGGGCGUCCAUUCUUGUGGGUGGUGAGGUCUGACUUCACGAACGAGGACGAGAUCAGAUACCCAGAUGGGUUCUCGGAGAGGGUAUCGGACAGAGCGAAAAUAGUCUCGUGGGCGCCGCAGGAGAAGGUCCUCGCCCAUCCUUCGGUUUCUUGCUUCGUCACGCACUGCGGCUGGAACUCGACCAUGGAGGGCAUAAGCAGUGGCGUGCCCUUCCUUUGCUGGCCCUACUUCGCGGACCAGUUCUAUAACCGGAGCUACAUAUGCGACACGCUGAAGGUGGGGCUGGAAUUGGAGGCAGGGGAGGCGGAGAUCGUGGUCUCCCGGCACAAGAUACAAGCACAGCUAGAACGGCUCCUCUCCGAUGCGCAAAUAAAGGAGAACGCAGAGAUGCUCCGAGGAAUGGCCAAAAGGAGCGUUUCCGAAGGGGGGUCGUCUUCCACAAACGUCCGUCAUUUCGUCGAACAGCUGAAGCGCUGCUCGGAAGCUGGUCCAUGACUGUGACUAUACCGUGCUGGCGUUCGAGCAAUCAAUCUCCUGGGCUUCUGUGAUCUCCCAUGGUGGUGAACGACGGAUAGAACUGAUGAACAAAGCUGCGAGAACGAUUGCUUCGCGUUUCAUAAUCCCUUUGGAAUCCAAGAGAUGUGUCUUUGAUUUCUCCUUAUGUCUCCUCUUAAUUUGAACUUCUCUGCU